AUGGACGAAGACCAGGUAGAACCCGAUAAGAAGUCAGUUAAUUUUGACAUUCUUUCAACAAUACGUACUUAUGUCAAAAUUAUAACCGGUUGGGUUGCUAUAUGGGGUCUUGGAUAUUACAAAUUCAGUCCCAGCUGGGUUGCCUUAGCUGCAAUCGGCUACAUGGGAUAUGUGCGUGCGUACGAGAAGCGAAGAUUAACCGGAUUAGUUAUGAAGGCAUUAAGCAAAGAUGAAAAGCAAUCGAUAAUCAACAACAUUGGUAGCCAUGAAUUGCCGUCAUGGGUCUAUUUCCCUGACGUUGAACGUGCCGAAUGGUUGAAUAAAGUGAUACAACGAAUGUGGCCCUACAUAACGGAGUAUGUUAACAAGAUUUUGGUGGAAACGGUGCAACCCAAAGUCAAUGAUAGCUUACCGUCUUCUUUAAGACCAUUCAUUUUUCUACGAACAGAUCUUGGUGAUGCUCCACCACGUAUUGGUGGAGUGAAAGUCUACACCGAAGAAAGCAUUCGAAGAGAUGAAAUCGUGUUGGACGUGGACUUAAUGCUGUAUAGCGAUGCCCGAAUCAAAGUUGCCGUAGGAAAAAUCGUCGCAGGUGUUAAAGAUUUUGAGCUUCGGGGAACUCUACGGGUUUCAAUCAAACCUCUUGUUCCUAAAAUUCCUUUUGUCGGGGCCGUGACUGUGUUUUUCCUUGAUAGUCCGUAUAUAAGCUUUCUUCUGACCCACCUUGGAAAUAUUUUGGCAAUGCCAGGACUUCAGCAAACUCUUUACCGAACAGUUCAAGACGUUGUGAAUUCUCUCUGCGUUCUUCCAAAUCGAAUUUCUGUUUCACUUUUUGAUGAUAUAAUUCUUCAACAGGUUAAAUUCCCAUCUGCACAGGGCGCAGUUCGAAUUGAAAUUAUUUCUGCCAAUGAUCUUGUGGCCUCGGAUCCGAUAUUUUUAUUGGACAAUCUAUGA